ACACAUCAAUGUUUUUCUUCACCUUACAGGAGACAGAUUUUGUUUGUUUUAAUGCAGGAAGAGACGAUUUUGAUAAUUAUAAUGUAGAACUUUUAGGGUCUUUGGAAUUAUACAAGUCUGCAACUGGAGAUUCUGAGAAAGCUGUAGAAAAAACUUCUCUGCAUGUGCAUGUGGAAAAAACUCCUGAUGUAUCUAAGGAAAAUGAACCUGAAUCUAAACAAGAAGAAGCCAACUCAGGGGAAAAAAGCGUGUUUCUAGAAAACACUAAUGAUCUCAAGGAAUGGUUUAUAGCUGAGAGGAACCAUGCAAACAGUCAAAUGGGCGAUUCUAAGGGAGAGCAGUCUUUGUUUGAACCUCUUGAAGAAAUGCUGCAAGAUCAAUUAAAAGUGCCACAAAGUGAAAACAACAAAACCAGCAAUAGUUCUCAACUUUUGAGUGAACAGGAGAAGAUUGAUGCUUAUAAACUUUUGCAAAAGGACAUGACUCUGGACUUGAAAACCAAAUUUGGCUCAACUGCUGAUGCACUUGUAUCUGACGAUGAGACAACCAGACUUGUUACUUAUUUAGAAGAUAAUUUUGAUGAGGAAUUGGAUGCUAAGUAUUACGCAUUUGAAAAAGAAGAGGAAAAUAAAGAAAACUUUGAUGAGCUACCAUUACUAAAAUUUACAAGUGAAGAAGAUAUGAAAACUCCAGUGAAGUCUGGAGUUGAGAAAUAUUCAACAAAUAAAGAGCAGAAUUCAAAUGGAGAGCAUAAGGUUGAGAUAACUCUGCCUCCUGCCAUCAAAAAUGUUAAUAAAAAUAUACUAACAACUUGGGGGGAUACUAUCUUCUCUAUUGUCACAGGAGGUGAAGAGAAAACAGGUGUGAUGGAUUUAGAGAGUCCUUCUUCAGAGGAAGAAAAGGAAGAUGAUGACUCAUUCAUCCCAGAUAGCAAACAGGAGACACCAAGAUCAGCCAUAGAAUAUACUGACCCUGAAAAUGUAGAAGACGGUCUUUUGAUUGUAGAAGUCCCUGAAAGAAAUAAUAGAGACCCAGAAGUGGACACAGAACUUCACAUUAGAGGCAAAAGGAGGGAAGUUCAAGAACCUGAGAGGGGCCUGGUACAAAAUGAGAGUGAAUUAGACGGUGAGAGGCAGGAGGAGAUGGCUGUGCACAGCUCUACUCCAGACAGUAACCCUGACUCUUUAUUAGCUGCUGCAAAGGGUAAAGACAUAUUAAAAUCCGCCUCUGGUGACAAAGAAAAUGACCAGAAACGAGCAACUAUUCAUGUCUCAGAAGGCACACACCACUUAGAAAAGCAUGGGGACCAGAUUUUGGAAGGUGGCUCAGAGAGUGGAUCUGUACAUAACGCUGCAGGGAAUCAAAUGAAUGAAGGAAAGAUUAAACGGGAAUCCUUGGACAUUGUGCCACUUUUGGGAGAUAAUCCACAUAAGGCAUCCAGAGACAGUGUGGCAGAAGUGAAUGUUUUGGUAAGUGAACCAGAACCACACGUGCCUUCAAUGGAGCAUCAACAUGAGGAAUUUAAAGAGGAAGUAUUUCUUAAAACUCAAAAUCAGCCUAGAUUCUCCUCUUCAGAUAAAAUCGGUUUGCCGAGAGAACAGAAAGCAGAGGCUCCCUCUCCGGGAAGAAAUCUUUCCGAGCAGCGAGGAAGAGCUGUGGCCGCUGCAGGCAGCGAGCGUGUGAGUGAGAAGACGAGGCCCGCUGUGGCAGAGGUCAGCGAGGACUCCUCCGGCAUGCGGGAGGCAGACCAGACUGACAGCGCACGAGGGCCAGGUUUCCGUGCUGAAAAUCCAGAAGCAGCAGAGUUUGACUAUCCCCCUGAAGAGCUACUGGAAGAAGAAAAUGCUGUCAUUGCAAAACAGUCUAGAGAGAAGAGCCCUGGGACUCAAGACAGGCAGGCAGACGUAAAUGUGCAAGUCGCCGAAAGAGCAAUUUUAGGAACCAUUAACCCUGAUCUGGAAACUGAAGAAAACGAACAAGAAACCAGUAAGAUUUGGGAAACUAAAGGAAAAAGUGAACCUGCGGCCGAAGGAGUAGACACAAUAGGCAGGGACCCAGGCGGUAUGGUGGUGGAAAAAGAAGACAGCCCUCUGGUAGAUAAGAAAGCACAGAAACUGUCUGACGUAAGUGACUUCCCGGACAAGGAGAAAACUAGGACUCCAGAGCUAGGCGAAGCAUUUCAGAAUAAAGAUGCUCUCAAGAAAGACAACCCAGAGGAACCCCUCGGGGUUGCAGAGAAGCCUGGGGGAGAACUCUUAAAAGAGGACCACGAGGAUAUAGAGAAAUUCAUGGACACAGAAUACCAGGGGUCUGUUUCUGAAGAACUUGAAGAUGACCUGUCCCACUGGACUCCACAUACACCUGCAGAUGUACACAUACAUCAGCACAGUGACCAUAGGGAGGACUUGCGUAUAAUAAGCAGCUUCUUUAAAGAAGAGCAGUCUUUGCAGCGGUUCCAGAAGUACUUCGAUGUCCAUGAGCUGGAAGCGAUGCUACAAGAAAUGUCACUAAAGCUGAAGUCAGCACAGCGGGAGAGCCUGCCGGACAACGUGGAUAAAGUCCUACAUAAAGUCUUCCGUGCUUCUGAGUCACAAAUUCUGAAUGUAGCAGAGAACAUGCUCGAUACACGUGUGUCCAAGAACAGAGAUCUGGGAAUGAAGGGAGAUAAUAUAUUUGAAGAGCCUGUGGACGAAGGAGUAGACACAAUAGGCAGGGACCCAGGCGGUAUGGUGGUGGAAAAAGAAGACAGCCCUCUGGUAGAUAAGAAAGCACAGAAACUGUCUGACAUAAGUGACUUCCCGGACAAGGAGAAAACUAGGACUCCAGAGCUAGGCGAAGCAUUUCAGAGUAAAGAUGAUUUGAAGAAAGACAACCCAGAGGAACCCCUCAGGGUUGCAGAGAAGCCUGGCGGAGAACUCUUAAAAGAGGACCACGAGGAUAUAGAGAAAUUCAUGGACACAGAAUACCAGGGGUCUGUUUCUGAAGAACUUGAAGAUGACCUGUCCCACUGGACUCCACAUACACCUGCAGAGUCACAGCACAGUGACCGUAGGGAGGACUUGCGUAUAAUAAGCAGCUUCUUUAAAGAAGAGCAGUUUUUGCAGCGGUUCCAGAAGUACUUCGAUGUCCAUGAGCUGGAAGCCAUGCUACAAGAAAUUUCAUUAAAGCUGAAGUUAGCACAGCGGGAGAGCCUGCCCUACAAUGUGGAAAAAGUCCUAGAUAAAGUCUUCCGUGCUUCUGAGUCACAAAUUCUGAACGUAGCAGAGAACAUGCUCGAUACACGUGUGUCCAAGAACAGAGAUCUGGGAAUGAAGGGAGAUAAUAUAUUUGAAGAGGCUGCGGUGCUAGAUGACAUUCAAGACCUGAUCUAUUUUGUCAGGUACCAGCACUCUACAGUGGAGGAGACUGCCCCACUGGUAAUGGCACCACCCCUAGAGGAGGGCUGGGGCGGACCCAUGGAAGAGAAGCAACCACCACGUGAAGAUCUCCCACAAGAGAGUAAGGAAGACCUUAUUAUGCAGGGAACUGCAGCGCUCAGCCACUUGGAUAAGCCCACGACUGAUGACACAGGAGCCUCAGAGUGUAAAAUAAAAUACUUGUUUUUCCCCUCAAUUAUAGGACUAACAAUAGAAGGCACUCCUGUCACUGCUGUUGAUGCAAGAAAGCAACUAGAGAUGAAUACUGAAGAGCCAGCAAGUGUUACACCUUCGGAAAACACAAUUCUUUCAAUAUUUUCAUUCAUGUUUUAUUUAACUAAGAGGUUUGUUGCUACAUUACCUGAUGAUGUUCAGCCUGGGCGAUUUUAUGGACUGCCAUGGGAACCUGUACUUGUUACAGCCUUCUUGGGAAUUGAUUCAUUUGGUGUAUUCUUCUGGAGAACUGUCUUGUUGUGAAAAAAAAGUAGAGUUCAUCAAGUCACUGAACAGCAAAUUUCUGACAAGGUGAAAAGCAUAACAAGAGAAAAUAGAGAACUUCUUCAAAAGUUGUCAUAUUAUGAACAGAAGAUCAAGGAAUCAAAGAAAUAUAUUCAAGAAACCAAGAAACAAAAUAUGAUUCUUCACGAUGAAGCGAUUAAAUAUAAGGAUAAAAUCAAGACAUUUGAAAAAACUAGUGAAAUUCUGGAUAACACAGCUAAAAGUCUUCGUGUUACAUUAGAAUCUGAGAGAGAACAUACUGUCAGGAAUCAGGACUUGAUAUUAGAAAACAGGAAAUCUAUAGAGAAGUUAAACAAUGUUAUCUCCAUGAACGCUUCAGAAUUUUCAGAGGUUCAAAUUGCUCUUAAAGAAGAUAAGCUUAGUGAAGAGAAGGUGAAGUCUGAAUGCCACCGGGUUCAAGAAGAAAAUGCUAGGCUUAAGAGGAAGAAAGAGCACUUGCAGCAGGAUAUCAGAGACUGGAGUAAAUCACAUGCUGAACUCAGUGAGCAAAUCAAAUCAUUUAAGAAGUCUCAGAAAGAUUUAGAAGUAGCUCUUACUCACAAAGAUGAUAAUAUUAAUGGUUUGACUAAUUGCAUUACACAGUUGACAGAGUAUGAAUCUGAAUCUGAGAGUCAAAAUAAAGGAGGAAAUUAGUCAGAUGAAUUAGCAAAUGGAGAGGUGGGAGGUAACCGGAAUGAGAAAAUGAAAACUCGAAUUAAGCAGAUGAUGGGCGUCUCUCAGACACAAACUACAAUAUCAGUAGUUGAAGAGGAUCUAAAACUCUUACAAUUUAAGCUAAGAGCCUCCAUGUCCACAAAAUUGAACCUGCAAGGUAGGUUGCUUCUUGAAAAGAAAACACCACAUAUUGGAAAGAUACAAAAUAUCAUUGGGAAGACGAGGAAUGGCUUUCUGCUUUGUUGUUCUCUCCCGCCGGCUUAAAAUGACAGUCUUCCUUCUAAUUCUGAGAUUCUUUUUUCCUACGGGAUCUUGGCCAUACACAUGUAUCUUUCCUGCCUUAUUAGCUCUCUGAUACCUUCAAGCACAUUCUAUUUUUUCUAGAUGUUCUAAUUGUUCUCAGUAUUCUCAGACUAACUCAUCCUCUAUUGGAAGCAAAAUUCUCAUGAACUUGAAGGUUAUUAGGUUGGAACCAGUUUCCAGUAGAUAACAGCCUGAUUAUGGGACCGUUUGGACUGUUUUGCUGUUCAAUAAACAUUGCCAAUACUCAGAUU